AUGCAAGUAGGAGAUGGUGAACCCUUCCAGGUUCAGACUUCUUUGAGCCUGCGGCUCACCCGGAACUCUCGCACCCUUCUGCUUCACAAUGUGGAGACAGGAGAAGUUUGCACAGUGGAGGAGUCACAAGACUGGUCAAAGGUGACCUUGACAUGUUCAGAUGAUACGGGACCAGUGUUGCAACACGUGGACCAGUCUGGCUCGCAGUCUGUCACCUCAGUGUUUCAUUGGUUGCAACUUCAAAAAGAUGAAGACGAUUUGAUCGACUUGGCCGAUGAUUCUCGCACUGCCUGGAGCGAUGCUGUGAAGGUAACAGUUCCACUGGCUUUGUCUUUGAAGAAGAGCCAAAGUGUUUUCACUUGUGAACUGCAGGCUCACAAGUGUCCCAAUCGCUCCUGCUGUUGCAUUUUUUGGCACAUCCGGUGGUUAGUUGAUUGGCUGGGUGGCCACCAAAGCAGCAAUUUCAUUGGGCAAGGUGCGAAGUCGUGGGCCACCAAACUUGCUGCCUACCUAGUUUUUGUGGUGGAUGGCUUGGAUGAAGAGGAGGAACUUCAACAAACUUGCCGAAGCCACUUUUUGGAAUCAGGGAACUCAAAGCUGCGACAAUCGCCCAGGGAAGGCGAGGCACCAACCGGGAACAUCCAAAUGACAGAAUAUUCAGGCAGUACCUUUGCAAUUUUGGUGAUGUUGGCCCAUUGGUCUGCGCGUGGCACGCACAAGCGCUCCCAAUGGAAAUUGGAUGCUGGCCAAGUUCAGUCACGCGCAGUCUCUUUGGUCAUGCUCCUCAUUGACACAUUUGUCGCUGCAGAUCUUGCGAUGGAGAUUGCAGGAAUCAAAGUGAUUCUUUUGCGGAGGGAUGCAGAAGUGUUUCUUGAUUGGCCAGCUUUUUGCUCUGUCGCCAAGACGAAGUUGUUGCUCCGUGUUUUUGGUCCAGAUGACAGCGAAGUGCCAUUACAUGAAGCUCUUCUGCGUCUCUGUCAGGAGGAAAUCAACACCAGAUGCUCGCAGAACCGGAGAAGGGCUGCCACCUUAGGCUUGGCUGUUGUCACUUGGGCGCUGAUGCUUGUGAUAGAAGGUUCCAAACAAGAUCCAAUCUGGCAGCAGACUGAGUUGUGGCAAUUGCAGCCGCUGAGGACGGCCAGACAAUACCGCAGAAUUUCUGGCCAGAUGAAGGCAGCCGUGGUUGGCCGCACUCAGCAGUGCCAUUUGAGAAGUGUGUCCACGGUGCUUGCUGGCAUGCCGGGUUCCAGUGGCAAACAGCGAGGCAGUGAUUAUGUUCAUCAUGAGCGAUAUUCUUAUUUGCAAGAGGCAAAGCAAAUUUUCUCAGCUGGCGAUUCCAUUUCUUUGACCAUUGACGGUGUGCAGCUGGGAGAUCCCAUUUUGAACCUGAUUGCGUGGGACUGCAAGACCAAGCAGGGUUUCAUAUGCCCUCCGCAGGUGACCCGUCAAGUGAAUGCCGUGACGGGACUCCAGCAAGGUCCUGAAGCUUUAGCAGGACAGACUGAGAAGUUCAUGAACCCACCUCUUGCAGGCGAGCAGCCUGAUGCCAAGAGAAGACGCUUGAAUGGAAAGACGAAGCCAAGCGUUCCUAGAUUGCCAACCUUGCAUUGGAUUCACGAUGUGAGGCAUUGCCUGGAACAAUUGGGGCGUCCCCUUCGUGAAUUUGUGGCUAUGGAAGACAGCAUUCCUGAAGAUGCUCCACCAGCUCUGCUUACCCUUUGCACGGACCAAGAAGCUCUGCAGAUCGCAGCGACCAACUUCAUGAAGUGGCAUUUGAAUUUGAUGUGUGAGCACGUGUACGACCCACAGCACCGUCGAAGCAAUGAUGCCACCUUGGGCCUUGCGGAAAGCGGCCUGCUGGCCAGCUGUUCCAUGAGUCUCAACCUUUUCAAUAUCAAAUUUGGGCCCUACUUGAAAGGAGGGUGGCAUACGCUUAUCAAAGAGACUGCUGAGAAGAUUUCCCGUGAUUUGUCUCCGAAUGAUCCAGUGCUGAAGUACUACAUGCCCUCGAUCUUGCUGGACAACGAUGAGCCUUGGCAUGCCAACACUGAAAGCCGUCGAGCGCAGUUCUUGCGCGAUUUGCCGACGCAAGCUUUUGUCACAUCCAAAGGGGCCAAGGCCUCACUCUCCCGAUUCAAUUCUGUCACGCAAGCAGCUUUGUUUGUGGAGAAGCACUGGAGUGCGCAAACUUUUUUGUUCACCAUGACGUGCCUGUUGCAGGGUUGGGUUGCCUAUGCUGACCAAUUGUGGGAUCCCGAUCCAUGCCAAUCUGGCAGCCAAGGGAGUGGCUUGGCUUUUGGUAGUGGUCAUGGCACUUCUUCUGCUGGUGCCUCCGCUUCAAAGGGGACAAGCAAACAAGAUGCAAAAAACGAGGCCAAAGAGGCGCUGGAGAAGAUGAGGGGGAAGUCGGUGAACACCUUUCAUGCAAUGACCCGCUAUUUGAAUGAUCCAGAAUCCAAGUGUUUCUGCAGGAUCUUGGCCUUCCUCCAAGAGCCAGAAGCUGAAGCCUCUGGUUUGAUGCUGCACCGUUUGAGAGGGGAGGUUGCCACUCGGGAGCAGUAUGCUGCUUGGGCUGAUUGGUCUUUUUUGGAAGAGUUGAAGGCCAUGGUUUUGGUUUUGAAGGACCAGCGAAAGCUUCGACGCAUUGGCUUCAACAUGUCUCUUUUGAUGAGUGGCAUCAACCAAGACGAAGUUGCGAUUGACAAUUCAACGGCUUCCACUGUUUUCAGUUGCAUGAGGAGUUUGCUGAAGUUCCGGUGCGGUUCCAUGCUUUGGCACACUUGGAGCCUGCCUGGUUUGAGUGCCAUACUCUUGAAAGCUGAGGAGGAGAAAGUUGAACGUGGCUUGCAGUUGCUGAAGCGAAUCUACGAGGCAACAGAAGCAGCUUCCACCAACGGCAGCUUGGCAACAAAGCAGCUGUUGCAUGGCCAGGGCAGCUCCAGUCCUGCAAUGCGGUGGACGCUGCGGGCACUUGCCAAAGAAGAUUUUCAACACGUUCCGCCACACGUCCAGCACUUCCUUCUUGACCUUUGGUCAUCUCUGCUGAAUAGCAAGUCAGUGGAAGAUUUGCAGAAGCUGCAAAGGGAACACGAGACAAGAACCGCCUCCUCGAAACACAUUUCAAAAAUGGAGGCUUGGAGAGUGGGCACCCAGCACAGCCUCCUGAAGUCAUAUGACCGCAAGGAGAUUUCAGCUACCAAUUUUGUUUUCCUCCCGGUUGGCUUUGACGAGACAGCGCUAUUUCAUGCGCCGCUGAAAGCUUCUUCAGAUGAUACCCAGGCUGAGUUGGAUUUUUGCAAGAAACUCAAGGAAGUGACCGGUCAGGCAACCUGGCCAACUUUCAGUCCGGAAUCGCAGCAGCAGAUCUUUGCCAACUUGGCCUUGCUUGACUACAUUCACAGCGGAGAUGGAGACUGGUCGAAGGUCGAAACAGCCUACCGGGCGUCCUUCUUGCCCGAGGGGCAUUGUGUUUCCAUGGGAGGCUCCUUGUACUACGUCAUCCGCGUCUACGAUCAUGCGGCGCUGUGUUGGCCAGCAGCCUCAUCUUCCUUGGGCAUUUCCCUCAACAUGCAAAUCUCGGAGCUUCAGUGGCUUUUCGUCUUCGAUGUGAACAACGUCAAAGCUGUUAGGCUGGAAGCUAUGUCCCCACUUUACAUGUUUCAGAAAUUCAAGAAGGCAAACUGCGGCAUCACCAUGAUGGGUCAGCCGGCAUCUUCGCUCUUGGAUUUUCACAUGCAGGACGGUUUCGCUGGAUUGAGAGAGGUGGCAUUGCGAAGGUUCAUGAAGGACCUUGGCAUUCCAGAGCCUUCGUCGUGUGGACAGGAUGUCCCUGAUGAGAUUUCUUUGGCCACCAACAUCAUGUUGAACGUCAACCCCUUGCUCACCGAAAAGGAAGUGGUGACCAAAAUGGUCAGCAGACAAAAAAGUCCUGUUUCAGCAGUGUUUGGGGCGGAAGAAUGUCUAGACGAAAUGGUAAAAGAUACCGUCCUAGGGGGAGAAGUGGACAAAGUCUUAUCCCAUGUCAAGGCUGUGUCUGCUGCAGCUUCAGCCGAAAAAGUCGAAAAGAAAAUUAAGGCCGCAACAAAGGCCUUUUGGACUGUCAAGGAAACGAUUCCAAUGGAGAAAUUGAAGGAGGCUAAGGCCAAGGAAAAAGCAAAAAAAGAACCAGCCGCAUCCAGUGCUGCUGGCCCCAAGGAGCAGAAGCGGACCUAUGACACACUCAAAGAGCACGUGGACAAGGCCGUGCGGCAGAAUGUCCCGGAGAAAGUGAAAGUUUUCACCGACGAGGCGAAUGGCAGAUGGAAAAUCUGCUGGGAAAAAACCAGUUUCAAACAAAAAAGCAUCAGCUGGACCGCCGUUGGCGCCGUUGCUGCUGCACGAGCUGCAGUUGCGCAGGCGUGGGAAUGGUCUCGUGAAGAGACCGGUUGUGACAUGCCUGCCCAAGUCAAAGAGAAGAUGGCGAAGCUAUCUGCUUGA